AUGGAUCAUGAAGAAGAAGAGAUCGAUAUCCCUAAUUACUUUAUAUGCCCAAUCUCACUAGAGAUCAUGCAAGAUCCUGUUACGGCCGUUUCGGGCAUCACGUACGACCGUCAAAGUAUCGUUAAAUGGCUCAAGAAGGUCCCUUCUUGUCCCGUGACGAAACAGUCUCUUCCUUUAGACUCCGAGCUUACACCGAACCACAUGCUUCGCCGCCUGAUCCAGCACUGGUGCGUGAUGAACGCGACUCGUGGCGUUGUCAGAAUCCCUACGCCUAGAGCUCCUCCGGGGAAACUUAAUGUCUUCGAAGAGAUCAAGAAUCUCAAGAAGUCUGGAGACCAAGUCUUAGGAAAAGUAGAGACGUUAAAGAAGCUUGAAGUUUUGGCGAUGGAGGGAGAUAGAAAUAGGAGAUUGAUGUGUGAAGGAGAAGUACAUAAGUUUUUGAUCUUGUUCAUAGUCAAGUAUAGUUCUGAAGAAGAAGUAGAGGGACGACAUCGUAUGGAAGGUCUAAAUGAGUCUCUGCGUCUUCUUCACUUGAUCGGUGUUCCAUCAAACGAUGCAAGAACAAUCUUGAUCGAAAACGAUCGAGUCUUGGAAUCUUUAACUCGGGUUUUACACAAACAAGACUUCCUCAACAAGGCUUACACAAUCGUGCUCUUGAGGAAUCUAACGGAAAACACUUCCUCUCACAUCGUCGAGAGACUUAAUCCCGACAUUUUCAAAGGGAUCAUAAGGUUUCUCAAGGAUGUAGUUAGUAGUCUCAAUCGCACAAACCCUACCUUCAGAGACACGGUACAAUCAUCAAACAGUAGGUUGGGAAAUACGGAACCAUCGAAACUUGAUCAUAGCUUGGUCAUCAAACAAGCUGUGACCGCUGCACUGAUGAUCCUUGUAGAGACGUCUUCGUGGAGCCGGAACCGAACAAUCCUUGUGGAUAACGGUGCGGUUUCCGAACUCAUCGAACUCGAACUGAGUUCAAUAAGUGAGAAGAGAACAACAGAACUUGUUUUAGGAGUUUUGUCUCGUCUGUGUUGUUGCGCCAAUGGUAGAGCCGAGAUUCUUGCCCAUAGAGGCGGAAUCGCGGUUGUGACAAAGCGGUUGCUGAGGGUUUCGACUGCGGCAGACGAUAGAGCAAUGUCUAUCCUCAGCACAGUGUCCAAAUACUCGCCGGAAAACGAGGUGGUGGAAGAGAUGGUCAACAUUGGUACGGUGGAGAAGCUCUGUUCCGUUAUGAGAGUGGAUUGUAGUUUGAGCAUGAAGGAGAAAGCGAAAGAGAUACUUAGAGAUCAUUUUGAUAUGUGGAAAAUGUUUCCAUGUGUUGAUGUAACUCUACUUUCUAAGCUGAUAAGCUCUUCACCCAAAGAUCUACUCUCAGAGUUUAACUCACGAGUUGGUUUUUAG